UUGUUUUUCCAUGCAAAAUUGAUUAAUAUUAUUUACUGCUUAUUAUAAAUAGAACUAUUGCCUCAAAUGUCAAGUGAGAAACUAUAGACACAUAAGUUCUGUAUUGAUUUAUUUAUCUGUGCCUAAUGAUCUUCUUGUCUUGUGUUACACAUUUCACAGUGUGCAUCACUACUAGUUACUUUGAGACCUUUUGAGGAGUGAGAUAUGAGUAACACGGGUACACCUGAAAAGCACAUUGAAGAGAUACGAAGGAAAAAGUUCUCUAUUGGUGGGAAAGCAAACCCUUUGACUGAGGAUAAUCUCUCAGCUGAAGUCUAUACCACAGAUGUUCAUUUCCUCAUGGAGCUCAUUCAGAAUGCUGAAGAUAAUCACUAUACUGAAGGAGUGAGUCCAACGUUGGAGUUCAUCAUAACUUUAGAGGACAUAACAGCUACCAGAGCUCCGGCCACAUUACUUAUUUUCAACAAUGAAAAAGGCUUCUCUCGCCAAAAUAUUGAGUCUCUCUGCAGUGUUGGACGGUCAACAAAGAAAGGCAAUAGGAAAGGAAUUGGUUUCAAGAGUGUGUUUCUGGUUACUGCUCAGCCUUAUAUUUUUAGCAAUGGAUAUCAAAUAAGUUUCAAUGAGAAACCUUGUCCACAUUGCAGUCUUCGGUAUAUAGUUCCUGAAUGGGUUGAAGAGAAGCCAACACUUGCAGACAUAAAGAAGAUUUAUGGUGCUAGUAAAGAUUUCAUUCCAACUACAACAAUUGUCUUACCUCUGAAGCCGGACAAGGUAAAUUCUGUAAAACAACAGCUCUCAAGCAUUCAGCCAGAAGUUUUAUUGUUCCUUUCAAAAAUCAGACACCUUUCUGUCAGAGAAGAUAAUGAGGACCCCAAAAAGAACACUGUAACUGCUGUAUCUAUUUCAAGUGAGAUUAACUUUGUGAAUAGGAAAAAUAUGAAUGCUGAAUCUUACACAAUCCAUCUAUCUGCCAGGAAAAAUAGUAAGAAAGAAAAGCAAUGCAGCUACUACAUGUGGAAACAAAAGUUUCCUAUCAAGUCUGAAAAUGUGGUGGAAAGGAGAAUGGAUGUGGAAGAGUGUGUUGUAACAUUGGCAUUCCCACAUCAGGAGAGGCUUCUCAAGAAUAAGAAGAGCUCCCCAGGGGUUUAUGCAUUUCUUCCUACAAAGAUGAUCACUAAUUUGCCCUUCAUAAUUCAAGCUGAUUUUGUCCUAGCCUCAUCAAGGGAGACAAUUCUCUUGGAUGAUAAGUGGAAUCAAGGGAUACUUGAAUAUGUUCCAUCAGCUUUUAUAGAUGGAUUCAAAACACUUAUCACUGGAUUAGAUGAUGAUCCAAUAUCCAGCUUGCCUAGUAUGUUCAGGUUCCUUCCAGUUUAUAGUUCUACUUUUGAGAUCUUCAAUCAUGUGCUGGAGAAAAUCAAAGAAAAACUGUCUGAAGAAAAAAUUGUUCCUAUUGAGACAUUCACAGAGCAGAAGCACUUCUAUAAGCCUUGCGAUGUUAGCAGGCUACUACCUAAAUUUUGGAAUAUUUUGACAAUGGCCCAGCAGAAAGGAGUGCACUUGCUUGACUUAAAUUCUCAUGAUGAGAGGAAAAUCUUAAGUUCAUCAUUUGAUAAAAGAAAGUACGAUUCAAUUCUCAAAUUUUUAGGAGUGGAAAUGGUGAAUGUUGACUGGUAUGCAAAGUGUAUUCAGAGUUCUAAUCUUGUGGAGAGAGUAUCAGACGAUAUCUAUCUUGAGCUUUUACUGUUUGUUGCUAGAAACUGGCCUUCAAUUUUGAAGUCCCACGAAUCAGCCUUCAUUAAUAUUCCAUUGCUCAAAUAUGUGGCUUCUGAUGGGAUUCCGUCUUUUUUCACUGUUGAUGAAUGCAGACAGAACAAUGCAGGUGCCAAGCGAGUAGUACUAGCAGACUUAAAAGAGACUUCUCAUUCCUCUUGGCUGAUCAAUUGGAACAAAGCAAUAGGAAGUGCAACAAACCAGUUUUUUAUGCCAGAAAGCACACACCAAGCUAUCUCCAAAUUGCCCUCUAGCUCUAACAAGACUUUGUUGGAUUGGUUAGCAAAAGAUGUUUACGUUCGUACUUUAAAUGUGAACAGUUUUGCAAAUGACCUCUGCAAUUCUAUUGACAAAAACAGCAAGCUUGCUAUUGCAUAUGCUCAUUUCUUAUACCACUCUUUGUCAAAUGGUUAUCUGUCAAGUCGAGAGGUUGAUGAUCUAUGUAGAUCUAUGCCACUUGUGGACAAGUACGGACGUAUAAUUAAAACCCGAAAAGAGGUUUUUCUGCCUGCAAAUGUGAGCAAAUGGGCAGACUUGAUUGUUAGUAAUCCAUGGAUAAAUGGACAUUAUGUUGAGCUAACAAAGAUGUACCUAAAUGAAUAUUCUUAUGCAGGACAAUAUACGGAUCCUGGAAAGCUUAUUGAAUUCCUCAAAACUCAUGUUGGAGCUUCUGACAUACCUGAUAUAUCUCCUCCAAAUGCUGGGUUUCCAUCUGCGGAUACACCACUUACCAAAGACAAUGCCUUUUUACUUUUGGAUUGGAUUCGGAAUUUGAAGCAUAAGGGAGUGAACCUACCAGAUAGGUUCUUGAAAUGCAUAAAAGAAGGCAGUUGGCUUAAAGUUACAUGUAAUGAAUACAUGCCUCCUUCAAAGUCAUUCUUAAUUGGCUCACAAUUGGGAAAUAUUUUGCAGAGUGGUUCAGUUCUUGUUGACAUUCCCCUGAUUGAUGAGAGCUUCUAUGGGGAUAGACUAAAUGAGUACAAAGAGGAGUUGAAAACAGUUGGAGUGAUGUUCUGUUGUGAGGAAGCCUGUGGAUUCAUUGGAAAAAAACUAAUGUCUCGUGCAACUUCUUUGUCUUUCAUUAAUCUCGCUUGA